AUGGGGCUGACGCGGUGCCUGGUGUCUGCCUUCCUCCUCAUCCUCACGGGUGAGCGGCUACCAGGGCCCGGCGGAGCGAUCUUCGUGGAGCGGGUGCAGGGGGACGCCGUCCUGCUGCACAUCACCGAGCUGCAGGACCGGGAUGCUGGGGAGUACGAGUGCCACACGCCCAACACCGACGAGAGGUACUUUGGGAGCUACAGCGCCAAGACGAACCUCUCGGUGAUCGCAGACACCCUCGCGGCUUCCAUGGUGCCCCAGGUCCUCAGCCAUGCUGAAGGGGAGGCGGUGGAGCUCACCUGCGAGGUGUCCAAGUCCACUGCCCAGCACACACAUCUCUCUGUUGGCUGGUACCGUCUUCAGGGAGCAGGAGAGAGCCACGCUGAGGAGGUCCUCACCCUCUCCAAGGACUUUGUCUUGAGGCCAGGGCCCUCUUACACGCGGAGGUUUCUGGCAGGGGACGUGCGCCUGAACAAGGUUGGGAACACCACAUACACGCUCUCCAUCGGGGGGGUGGAGCCGUCUGACCACGGGCAGCUGUACUGCGAGGCAGCUGAGUGGAUUGAGGAUCCUGAUGAGACAUGGAAGGACAUCUCCCGCAAACAAACAAGGAGGACAUUGCUGGCAGUCAGGAUCCAAGGCAGAGACCUCUCCGUGGACAUCGCUGCUGCUGAAAGCUCCCUUUCUGAAGGUGACACCUUGCAGCUAAAUUGCAUGGUGGGAGCCCAGAAGAGCAGGAGCAGGCACUUCCAAGUGCUUUGGCUCCUCAAUGGUGUGGAAGUGGCCAGGGUUGACCCCCAUGGGAUAUUGAUUUGGGAAGAAGAAUAUGAGGAGAGAGCCAAGCGGGGACAGCUCCAAGCAUUCAAGCAAAGCAACACAGUUUAUGUCCUCACCGUCUAUGAGGUGGGGCUGGAGGACAAUGGUACGUACCACUGCUCUGUUUCGGAGGUGAAGACUCCUGGAGACUUUCACAGCAUCCAAACCAACCUGUCGUCAGGCAUCCAGGUCAACGUGAAGCCAAUAGAGAGCCGCAUGCGCCUGUCCGUAUCCACCAGCACGCCGCAGGUCGUGGCUGGAGAUGCCUUGAUCCUUCUUUGCGAGGUGCAAGGAGCGACCAGCCCUGUGUCUGUGCAGUGGUGGCACCUGCUACCGCAGCACCCAGGUCCCCCGCUGCUGGUGGCCUCCAUGGAGCGGGACGGCACCCUGAGCCUGGGCAGCGCCUACCAGGGCGGCGGGCCUCGGGGGAACCUUCAGCUGGAGAAAGCAACCUCUGGCUCUUUCACCCUGGUGAUCCCCAACACGUUGGACAAGGGUGACAGUGGGCGAUACGGGUGCAAAGCAACGGAGUGGUCCCGAGGCCAGAGCUGGACAAAGGAGGGGGAGACAGCUGUGACAGUCAGCUCUAUGGGUCUUGGUCUGCACGCCACACUGAGAAGCCGAAUUGCCACUGUCAGAUACGGUCAGAGUUUUGAACUCAUCUGCGAAGUGAAUGCCAACUACACCCUGGAGGAGGUGCCGGUGUCCGUGGGGCUGCGCAUCCACAAUGCCACAGCUGCCAAUGAGGGGACGUACCAGUGUGAGGUGGAGGUCUGGAGGAGGAACACCCUGCCGCUGGGGCAGCCGGCAGCCCCUGCCAGGUCCAAUGCAGUGGGGAUAAAGGUGGUGCUGCCAGAAAGCAAGCUUCAGGUAGCUACGAAAGAGAGCUCUGUGGAGAUUGCUGGCGGUGCUGAUGCAGCCAUUGAGUGCAGGAUCGUGCUUGCUCAGAAUAAUUCUCAGUUGGCCGUUACCUGGUACCUCCUACCUCCUACUCCGGCAGAUGCAACCCCCCUGCAAAUCAUACGGGUCAACUACAACAGCAUACUGGAAUACGGUGCUGAGUUCAGCUCUCCUACACAAAAGUCCCGGUUCCUGAGCCAGAGGGUGUCCAGCAACGUUUUCUGGCUGCGGAUACUCUCUGCGAACCCCGGGGACCAGGGCAGGUACUACUGUGUGGUAGAGGAAUGGCUCUGGCUGGUGGACGGCUGGUACAAACUCGGAGAGGGAGCAUCAGGAAAGACCACGCUGGAGUUCAAGCUCCCAGAGCGCGAACUGCAGCUGGAGAAAACCAACCACAGCAUCUCGGCGAGGGAGGGCGAGGAGGUGACGCUGCGCUGCCUGCUGCAGGGUGCCCGCCAGCCCACCACCCACCUGUCAGCCACCUGGUUUCGGGAGGAGGAGGAGAGCCGCCGUGUCAGGCACCUGCCCCCCCUCCACCGCGAUGGCGGCAUCGAUGCUGUUCAGGCUGUGGAAGAAGGCACCUUCCUGGCAGACUUGUACUCAGCCAGGCAGGUGGAGAGGGGCCAGGGUGUGACGGAGCCCCCAGAAGAGGAGGAUGAGGAGCGGGAAGUGGAAGGAUGA